GUCACUGAAAAAACAUAAACACCCACUACUAUACAGAGACUGUUGUAAAAUUCUGUGAUUUUCAUAAUGACGCUGCCGGAGUUCUUUGGCUGCACUUUGAUAGCCUUUGGUCCAGCAUUUUCACUCUUCGUUUUCACCAUUGCACACGAUCCUGUACGUAUUAUCAUACUCAUUGCUGCUGCAUUCUUUUGGCUGCUUUCGCUGCUCUUAUCGUCGUUAUUAUGGUUUGCGAUGAUACCGCUGCGGGAUGUGUUGGCAUUUGGAGUGGUCUUUUCUGUGCUGUUCCAGGAGUGCUUUCGCUAUAUUAUUUAUCGUAUACUGCGCAGCACUGAGCAGGGAUUGCAUGCAGUGGCAGAAGAUACGCGCGUGACAGAUAACAAACAUAUUUUGGCCUAUGUGUCAGGAUUGGGCUUUGGCAUUAUCUCAGGCAUGUUUGCGCUCGUCAAUGUGCUGGCGGAUAUGACCGGACCCGGCACCAUGGGAUUGAAAGGUGGCACUGAAAUCUUUUUUAUAACGUCUGCUGCUCAGGCGCUCGCCUUAAUACUACUACACACUUUCUGGAGCAUAAUAUUUUUUAAUGCAUUCGACACGAACAACUAUGUGCACAUUGGCUAUGUGGUGGGUUCACACCUCUUUGUUUCCUUGCUUACGUUGCUCAAUGCGGAUGAGCUCUAUUGGGCAACACUGCUGCCUAACUAUAUAGUAACAAUCCUGACCGGUAUUAUAGCAUUCCGUGUAGCUGGUGGAAGCGUUAGAAGUUUCAAGCGCUUCAUCACAUGUCAAUAGACUAAUUGACAUUAUCUCAACUGUAUCUAAGGAACCCUUAAUAUUAAUUUCGUUAAUUUAAGUCUUGCUACAUUAAAUACUCCAAUUUUUGACUAAU